CAAGUACAUACUUAUGUAUAAUAUGUGACGUAACAGUUCCAAAUAUACAUUGGAAAUCACACAAUGACAGCUUGAAACACAAAACAUGUUUAGAAAUAGCAAAUGUAUCAAUACAGAGAGCUAGAGAAAACAUGUUCACAGUACUACCAAAUUAUUCAACCAGUGACUCUAGUUACAAUUUCUGUGGCGCGUGCGCAGUUUCCAUUGACGCUAAUUAUAAAAUAUAUCACACAUCAACAAAAGAACACGCUGAUGCAGUUAAACAUGACGAGUUGUUAUCCAACUUAUUUGAUAUAUACAAAAACAAAAGUAAACUUAGCAAAAUCGAUACUACAAUAUCUACAGUACAUGUGCUUGUUAAUAAUAAAAAUAACAAUACAACAGAAGUUAAUAGUAGAAACCAAGUAAAAAAAGUUAGUCCACAUAACAAAGUACCUGCUAUUACUAUGACAAGUGAAGAUGAAGAGUUAUCUGUAUUGCAGCAACAUAUUAAUUAUAUUAAUUAUACUAAUCAUAUGAAUCAACUUAAGUCACAAUCUUAUCUUUACAUAUUAGAAAACAAAUAUUUACAUGUAGUUAUUGACUUCUUUUUCUAUCAAGUACAUAUUCGUAAUUUUAAUGGAAUAACGAGGAAUUAUAAUGUAAAUUGGAGGUGUUUAUUAUGUGACAUUAUGCUGAAUAAAGAAGCUGAUAUAGUGGUACAUUGUCAGAAUAUGAACCAUAUAAAAUAUAUAACGGGCCCUAUAUAUAAUGCACAAUGUAUAAGAAAAUUUGCGAGGUAUCCACAAGUACAAACAAAUAUUGAAUCUUUUCAUUGCAUUGUUUGUAACAUACUCAUAUCAGGUGAAGUGGCGAUGGUUAAUCACGUAGACAAUAAUCUACAUAAAUUGGCCGUUAACCGAUCAUUGAUUUAUACGAAGAAUCCUAAGACAGGCAUAAUUACAUGUUGUGCGUGUAUGGAGAACCUGACAGAUCCCUAUCUCCCUAAUCAUGAAUACAGGGAAAUGCAUUUAAGGAAUUUGAAAAUUAGAAGGCAAACCUCAAUGUAAGUAGCAGAUGAUGAAUAUUAGAGGGACCUACAAUUCCGCAAACAUACGAGUUUAUCAUCAAGAAAUAUAAACAUUUAUGCGGCAGAUUUACUGAGCACACUGCGCGGGAACACUGUAGGUUAGUUACAAUGUUAAAAGAAAAUAACAACCUCGUCAUUCGGGAUUGCAUCAUUUACUUGUAAUAUAUGAUUGUAAAUAUAUGUAUCGACAAUACUAAGUAAGAUUAUAGCCUUGUGUCAUGUCAUACAUACGUUGAUAGUGUCAUUCUAGGACAAUAGACACUGUCAGUCUCCAGUCAAUCACGCCGUCAGUAUAUAUUUCGUGAAUAAGAUCUGUUAUUGGGAGUGGUUGAUUUCGUUGAUUAUGGGUGACUUGGG